AUGGUGGACAGGCCCAACAAACCGACUGCUCUGGUUAAGACGCCCGGGCUCCCUCCGCAGCCCCAAGUCACCAUCUCGCAAGACAACACUCGUGUCACUGCCUCACUCCACACAGGCGAGAGCAUCGAGGUGUUGCUCUACGGUGCCACGGUGCUGAGUUGGAAGGAUUGCGCCGGUGACGAGAAGCUUUGGCUGAGCGAAACUGCCAAGCUCGAUGGUUCCAAGCCGGUUCGGGGAGGGAUUCCCAUCGUCUUCCCGCUGUUUGGCCCCCCCAACGCGAGCCACGCUGCCACGUCCAGCCUCCCCCAGCAUGGCUUCGCCCGAAAUGUUCGCUGGGAGUUCCUCGGCAAGUCCACCAGCGAGGGUUCCAGUUCCAACGUCAAGCUCGACUUUGGCCUGUCAUCCGAGGGUAUUGAUGAAGCCACCCGUAGCCUCUGGCCCUACAGUUUCGGCCUCCUUUACAGCGUCACGCUCGACCGCGAGAGCUUAAACACCACCCUCGUGAUCACGAACGACGGGAAUGAGCCGUUCGAGAUCCAGACCCUCUUCCACACAUACUUCAGAGUUCAAGACAUCGCCUCCGUCCAAGUCGGCGGGCUUGAAGACGCGUCAUACACCGACAGAGUCGGCGGCACCAAAACCGAGGCGGGGACAUCUUCGCCCCUCACCAUUGCCGGUGAAACGGACAGAGUCUACCAACUGACCAAGGACUCCAAGAAGGCCAUUGUCAUCUCCGACGGCGGCGAACCCCGCUUCAACAUCUUCCGCGACAACCUCGACCAGGCCGUCGUGUGGAACCCCUGGGAUGCCAAGUCGGCCGCCAUGGCCGAUUUUUCUCCCAAGGACGGAUUCAAGAGAAUGAUUUGCGUCGAGGCCGGUAGCGUUCAGGGGUGGCAGAAGCUGGACAAAGGAGAUGCCUUUGAAGGGGCGCAGACGAUUUUCCUUCCCUAA